GCAGUUUCUUAAUAAUUGUUUUGGCUAUCGUAUUGAAAUUCUGAGAAUUCUCUUGAUGCAUAUUAUAUAAAUAUCCAUAAACCAAUCGCUGCGUUUGAUUGGAUGUGCAUUAUUCCCACUUAUUCCUACUGGCUUUAUUCUCCAGACGAAGAUAGAAACACGCUAUAAGCCGGUACCAUGACGAGUGUACGUAUUCUUGGAGCAAGGUACUCUCUUCUUUUGUGGAGCAUGUUUGCGGGGCUCCUCUUCAAUACGUGUCGUGGGUGCCCACCAGAAUUUCAAGUUAAAGUGUUUUCGUGUCUCUUCCCGCUAAACCAACUGUAUGCUCAGCAAAUGCCGAGUUUAAUGGCACGGAGCAAAGACAACAGGGCACGGGAACUGCAGUUGUGUAGAGAAUACUCUCAGACACAGAGCUGUCUCAGAGAUGCCCUAGUCGGCUGCAAUGUGAACUUUGCCCACAACUACUUACUCUCUAUACGCCUCCACUUUGAAACCAAUUCAAGUAUGGGACUCUUUCUAAGGCAGUGCAGAACGCUUCCCACACCGACGUCGUCCACUCCAGACAAGCAAAAUAUCCGUCCCUCCAAAAUAACAAAAGCGUCCAUAGCGCUGGAUUUAAAAACGUCCAGAAUAACGUCAUCCACAUCAAAUCCCACGACAACCGGAUACUCAUACCAAGGUGUGGCACCAGAGGUGAAGAUGGCACGCCCCUCUUACGUCAAUUACGAGAGGGAUAACGUAGGAAAGACGGCAGGCCUCCUGUCACAGAAUGAUGCCGUCAUGGAAACAGAGCACGUGAGAACAGAAAACGACUUGAUUGUACCACGUCAUCAGGAACUUCAGGCAGGGGGCGUGUCUUCGAAUUCUAAACAACCAAACCAUCAUGCCUUAGUUCCCUCAGACACUGUUAAUCAGAACACAUUAGCAAAAAGACCAAAUGUGAUCAAAGAGGUUUUUACAAGAUCUACAGAUCACCUGAAUUCUGAUAAAGGUAACCAAGCGAGUAUAGACAAACAACCAAUGGGCAGAGAUAGGACGAUCAACCGGGACAUUGACACUCGUAACAAUGAAAAAAACAAACAGUCCAUAAAAGCUGAUAAUACUGAUGGAUCUUCAGUAGCUUCCACUACUUCUGGUGUUAACUUUGUGUUGAACGCACUGGUUUUAAUGGCCGUUUUGUACGUACUAUUAAUUUAAUAUGUAAUCAUGAUUGACAUUGUGAAUAGACUGUUCAAUAGACUGAGGGUCACGUAAAGUGUUUUAUAAUAAUUAUCAUCGUUAAUUUCCGACUUUCUUAUUUAUUUUUUUAUAAAUAUUAUUAUUUUGUAAAACUAAAAUUGUUGAGCGUUAUAUUUAGAGCCGUCACCUUCUUCAAAAUAUAGAUGGCUCUUUAUGUUCCACAUUUCACAGUGCUCUUCAUAAUGACGUUUCAUUCAAAAAACUUCUUUUUCAUUAGGAAGAUAUUAUUUAUACUUGAAUCGGACAUGUAGCACACUUUUAUA